AUUUCAAGGGUCACAAAUGGCCCCGGGGCCACAAUUUGGAUUCAGUUGUGUUAUUAUUUGGUUUAUUAGUCGGUUACAUUUAAACAAACUGCAGCUCAGAGUUCAGAUCAGAGGCAGUUUUUCCCUCCGUCACACUUUCCUAGGAAAGUUGGUCAGAUGGAUCUGAUGUGAGUGUAGCUUCGCCUCCAGUCCACCUCCGGCGUUCCACUCCAGCUUUCCUCCCUUCCCAUCUACUCCUCGCCGGUGCUUAGCUCCAGGUUUCCUCCCCUCCUGGCUCCUCCUCCCUGGCGCUCCGCUCCAGGUUUCCUCCCCUGCCGGCUCUGUGUGGGUGUCAGUGAUCAGUGGAGCGGCUCAGACAGCAGCAGCAUUCUGGAGCUCCUCGUUGCUCGGCGGCAGCUGAAAGCGUUGACGCAGCGACGCUCUGGUCCCAGGUGAAGUGGGGGGGAGGAGCAGCAGCCUGGAGGGGGGGGGGAACGCCAUGGCGGCCGGAGCGGAGCCAGGACAGUGAGAAACAUCUGGAACAUCAGGAUGCUGAUGGAGAGAGGAGCGCCUCAGAGGAAGACCGUGUACCGGAUCUCCCUGACGCUGGUGAAGAGGGAGAACCUGGGGGGGGUUGAGGAAGAGAGGGGUCGGGGGGGCGGGGUGCUGGAGGAGGAGCCGGAGCCGGCGGCAGCUCAGGGUGGCAUCAUGAGGAGGUUCAGGACGUUCAGCACAGGUCAGCUGGAGCUGGGCCGGCUCAGGGCGUCCCGUAGGGCGCAGCGCGACGAAUCGCGGCCCGAAACCGCUGCUGCCAAGGUGAGGAGGCUCUUGAAGGCCCGCAGCAUGGAGGAGCGGGACCCGCCAAAACCCGGGGCCCACCCGAAGCCCAGCCUGCUGCAGCGCAGCUUCAGCUUCAGCGUCCGGACCCGGAUCAGUGGAGAGCUGCUGCGGCUCCACGCCACGUCCAGAGACGGGCCGCCACAGGCCCCACUCCCUGAGCAGGCCCCACUCCCUGAGCAGGCCCCACUCCCUGAGCAGGCCCCGCCAACCAGGACCCGGGAGAAGAGCCGCACCCUGGAGGUGGGGGCCGUCCUCAACAGGACCGACUCCCUGACCGAGCUGAGCCGCCAGAGGGCCGGCGCCGCUAAGAACCGCACGCUGGACAACAGCGACCUGCAGCGACGGGACAACCAGGGCGACGGCGCUGCGCAACAGGGGGGCGACCGGCGGCUGGGACGCUUCUUCAGCGGGUUCUUCUCCAGACCCAGCCCGGUCCGGAGCCCCGGGAUCAGCAGGUCGCUGCGGCGCAGCGGGGCGCCGUCCAGCACGGAGAGCAUGGACGGGGACGGAGCCAACGGUAACCAUGACGCCUUCGUCAACAGCCAGGAGUGGACCCUCAGCCGGACCGUACCAGAACUCAAAGUGGGCAUUGUGGGUAAUCUGGCCAGCGGGAAGUCGGCGCUGGUCCACCGGUACCUGACAGGAACCUAUGUCCAGGAAGAGUCUCCUGAAGCUGACGUGGAUGCAGGAGGGCGCUUUAAGAAGGAGAUCGUGGUGGACGGCCAGAGUCACCUGUUACUCAUCAGGGAUGAAGGAGGCCCCCCAGAGGCGCAGUUUGCUCUGUGGGUGGACGCCGUGGUGUUCGUCUUCAGCUUGGAGGAUGAGAUCAGCUUCCAGACGGUUUAUCACUACUACAGCCGCCUGGCGUCCUAUAGGAACACCGCCGACCUGCCGCUGGUGCUGGUGGGAACCCAAGACGCCAUCAGCUCGUCCAACCCGCGGGUGAUCGACGACAGCCGCGCCAGGAAGCUUUCCAACGAGCUGAAACGCUGCACCUACUAUGAGACGUGCGCCACCUACGGGCUGAACGUGGAGCGCGUCUUCCAGGACGUUGCCCAGAAGGUCGUUGCCGUCAGGAAGAAGCAGCAGCUCUCCAUCGGACCCUGCAAGUCACUCCCCAACUCUCCAAGUCACACGUCCGUCUGCGCUGCUCAGGUCUCAGCCGUCCACGUCAGCCAGACAAGUAACGGCGGCGGCAGUCUGAGUGACUACUCUUCGUCGGUUCCGUCCACGCCGAGCACCAGCCAGAAGGAGCUUCGCAUCGACGCACCACAGGCCGCCAACACUCCCACACCUGUCAGGAAGCAGUCCAAACGCCGCUCCAACCUCUUCACCUCGAGGAAGGCCAGCGAUCCGGACAAAGAGAAGAAAGGUCUGGAGAAUCGGGCCGACAGCAUCGGCAGCGGGCGCGCCAUCCCCAUCAAACAGGGCAUGCUGAUGAAGAGGAGCGGCAAAUCCCUCAACAAGGAGUGGAAGAAGAAGUACGUGACGCUGUGCGAUAACGGACUGCUCACCUACCACCCCAGCCUCCAUGACUACAUGCAGAACGUUCACGGUAAGGAGAUCGAUCUUCUGCGAACCACCGUUAAGGUUCCGGGAAAGAGGCCACCGCGGGCCGUCUCAGCCUGCGGCGCCGGGCCCAACCAGAACGCCAACGGUCUGGUGAAGGACAUGAGCAACGUCCAGCUGGGACCGACCUCAGGCUCGGUGUCCAGCAGCGCGUCGGCGUCCCAGAUGGCAAGUGGCGUCAGCCUGGUGUCCUUCAACAGCCGCGGCCUGGAGGGCCUCCACCAGCGCUCCUACUCCGUCUCCAGCGCCGACCAGUGGGCCGACGCCACCGUCAUCGCCAACUCUGGAGUCAGCACAGACACUGGUUUGGGCGACUCGGUCUGUUCCAGUCCCAGUAUCUCCAGUACCACCAGUCCAAAGAUGGAGCCGCCCCCAUCGCCGCACGCCAACCGCAAGAAGCACCGGCGGAAGAAGAGCACCAGCAACUUCAAGGCAGACGGCCUCUCUGGUACUGCGGAAGAACAAGAGGAGAACUUUGAGUUCACCAUCGUGUCGCUGACGGGUCAGACGUGGAACUUCGAGGCCACGUCGUACGAAGAGCGGGACGCCUGGGUCCAGGUCAUCGAGAGCCAGAUCCUGGCCAGCCUGCAGUCCUGCGAGAGCAGCAAGAACAAGUCUCGCCUGACCAGCCAGUCUGAGGCGCUGGCACUGCAGUCCAUCCGGAGCAUCCGGGGCAACGGCCGCUGCGCCGACUGUGACGUACCGAACCCAGACUGGGCCAGCCUGAACCUGGGCGCUCUGAUCUGCAUCGAGUGCUCCGGGAUCCACCGGAACCUGGGGACCCAUCUGUCCCGGGUCCGGUCCCUGGACCUGGACGAGUGGCCGCUGGAGCUCAUCAAGGUGAUGUCGGCCAUCGGCAACGAGUUGGCCAACAGCGUGUGGGAGGCCAACGCCCAGGGCCGCCUCAAACCGGGGCCAGACGCCAGCAGGGAGGAGCGUGAGCGUUGGAUCCGGGCCAAGUAUGAGCAGCGUCUGUUUGUGGCGGCGCUGCCCGGCGCCGACCCGCCUCUGGGCCAGCAGCUGCUGCGUGCGGCGGCGGAGGAGGACCUGCGCGGCGUGGUGCUGCUGCUGGCCCACGCCUCCCGCCAGCAGGUCAACGACACGUUCGGCGACGGCUGCUCGCCGCUGCACCUGGCCGCGCACAAGGGAAACGUGGUUCUGCUGCAGUUGCUGGUCUGGUACGGCGCCGACCUGAUGGCGAGGGACGCCCACGGGAACAGCGCCAUGGUGUACGCGCGGCAGUCCGGCAGCCAGGAGUGCGUGGAGGUUCUGGCCCAGUACGGCGGUGCCGACGAGCGCUACGCCCUGAUGACCACGCCCAACCUGCCGCGCCGCAAUGCCAACCGCAACAACAGCUGCAGCAGCCUGGGCAGCGCCGCGCUCAUCUGACCGCCGCCAUGACGGGACCAGAGCACGAUGGGAAACGGGUCUCUUACCUCAUCGGCCAAUCAGAAUCCAGGAACAGGAACACAUCACACAGCACCCAUUUCCAUGGCGACGAGAGGAGAACUGACUAGAACCAGGCCCGGUGGGACGGGAUCUUAGACUCUGUUUUAUUUAAGGAGUUUCCCCGCUGUGAGUGUGUCUGAAUGUGUUGUGUGUGUGUGAGAGUGUGUGUUGGUGGACCAAUGGGAGAGCGGUCCUGGGAGCCUCAAGGUUCAGGGCCCAGAGGCUCCUUCUCCAUUUCUGAUUCGUUCGUUUUGUCCAAAUGGACCAAGGGAACAUCGUCUGACGAAGGGCUGUUUCUUCUUCUUCUUCUUCUGUAAAUACUGCACCUCAUUUCCUGUCAUGGUCACCGUGACAACGAGCACAAACAGGAAGUAGUUGAGUCUGUCGGUUUGGUUUGGGACUCAAGCAGGAGGUUCUGGACGAUCUGAUUGGCCAAGUCAGCAAGAGGUCAAAGUGCAGCGGCGUAUUGGAGCCAUUAGAGAUAAAAAGUACAGGAGUACAUCUCUGCCAACAAACUGAUUUAAAAACAAGAACACUUCUCAGCUCCAAAAGUCAAAAAUGUGCAAGAAAAAAAUCUGAAAUGUUAAGAUUUCUGAUCUCAAAUUUUGAGAUCAGAAAUUUAUUUUUUCUAGACUGAUUUCAAACUUUGAGAGAUUUUUGGCAGAAAUGUACUCCAUAUCAGAGCCCAGUGGUUGAUCCAAACCCAGAGUUGAUCCGGUUCUGGACCCUGAAGUUCAUCUGAACACAGAGUCGGAACGCCGUAGCUUCCUCUGCUGACGUUUAUUUCAAUCUAACAAAAAUGUCUUUUAACCUAUUUGGUUCGUCAGCCAUUUUGCUGGUGUCCAUGGUAACCUGAAGAGGCUGACGUUCCUCCUCCUGUUGGCAUCAGGCCUAGUCAAAUCACUCCUGGUGUUUGUAGAAAGUGUUGACUAAAAGUGAAGGAGCCUCAGGAAGAACACUCCGUCUAGAAAUCCUAACCUAGAUGUUGCUGCAGCAGCUGGAUUAUCUGAUUUCACAGCUCUAAAUUCAAACUUUCUCCUCUUGCCUUUUUUAUUUUGCCUUUAUGAUCCCAGAAUCACACAAACUGCUUCUCCAUACAUUUUGUGUGAACAAUGCUAUGUUUUUUACUCUCA